AUGGAGCAAGAAUUAAGAAACCACCACAUUGAUAUCUGCGCACUUCAAGAAACUAAGAAAAAGGGAAAAGGUCAGGCAGUAGUUGGAGAUUAUCUACUAGCAUACAGCGGUGUAGAGAGGAACGAGCGAGCAAAAAAAGGAGUCGCAAUCAUGUUUCACAAAAAGUUAGUAGAUCACAUUAUAGACAUCACGUACGUUUCAGCCAGAAUAAUACACGCAAAACUGCUGCUAGACAGGAAACGCACCAACAUUAUAAGUAUUUACGCUCCAGAAAACUGCAGACCCCAAGACGUAAGAGAAGAAUUCUUUAACUCACUGCAACAUGUUUUAGACAGCCAUAAGAACGAAGCGACUAUCAUCCUAGGAGACUUUAACUCAAGGAUUGGCAACAGAAUCAUACCCGGAGUUAAGCAGAGAUUCAACGAGGAAACAGAAAACGAAAAUGGAACGCUGAUGACUAACCUAUGCACAAUCAACGAACUACGAAUAAAUAACACAUAUUACGAACACAAACAACAACACAAACACACAUGUAAGAAACUUAACCUCGGCAGACAUAGGAAGCGAUCAUGCCCUCGUGAUUGGGAAGCUGAGACUAAUAUCCCUCCAAAAGAAACAAGCAAAACAUGCGAAGAGCGCACAAAAAUAAAAACAGAAGGACUAGCUGACCAAACAACCAGAGAACUAUAUGCUAACAGACUGAAGGAGAAAGUUACAAACAACAACAUACAAGAAGGAGAUAACGUUGAUACGGCAUGGGAAAGGCUGAAAAGCAACAUACAACAGGCUGCCGAAGAAGCGCUAGGCAGGAAGAUCAUCAAGAAACCGAAUCCUUUUGCUAAGAGAACUCCAUGGUUCACCGAGGAAAUCAAAAUGAAAUGCAAGGAAAAAAAGCAGGCACACAUUCAACACCUCACGCAAAGAACGCAAGAAUCAUACGAAAGUUACAAACAAAUCCGCAGAGAAACGCACGAGUUAGUACGGAAGACGAAAUCCGAACACUGGAGGAUCUUCUCAAAACAACUAGAACAUGACUUCUAUGGAACCCAAAAGACAGUAUGGAAGACCAUAAGAAACCAGAGAAAAGAGCUCACAGAACUGGUACAAGCAAAGGGAAUAGACAAAGAGACCUGGAUAAACUACAUCAAACAUCUAUACCGGGACACAAACCAGGAGAAACCUAAUAUCUCAGUCAACAUACAACCUGAUGAACCAACCAUAGUAAGCAUAUCUGAGGUGGAAACAGAACUCGCUAAACUCAGAAACAGAAAAGCCAGUGGCCCGGACGGAAUACCCAAUGACCUCCUGAAAUACGGCGAAGAAGUGCUCGCGGCCGAAAUUACGAAACUUAUCAACAUCAUCCUGAAGCAUCAGAGAGUACCAACUGAAUGGAAAUUGAGCACACUAAUAAUGAUGUUUAAGAAAGGAGAUAAGCAAGAACCAUCCAACUAUCGAGGAAUAGCUCUGCUAAACACCACCCUGAAACUAACAACUCGAUUACUAGCGAACAAGAUAUUAGCACACACCACACUAUCAGACGAACAACAGGGUUUCAGGAAAGGAAGGUCCUCAAUAGCCGAACAACGCACAGACCCCAUAAAAGUAGGAACAGGGGUAAGACAAGGCGAUUCCCUAAGCCCCCUGCUAUUCAACUUCAUCAUGGAAGAGAUAAUUGCAAGAGUCCGACGCUGUAAAGGAUACCAGAUGGGGGGGAAAGAGCUGAAAGUUGUGUGCUACGCGGACGAUGCCGUGCUAAUUUCCGAUAGCGAAGACAACCUACAACGCAUGAUUCACCAGUUUAACAUUGCCAGCAAAGCCCUCAACAUGGAGAUAGCAACAGAAAAAACCAAAUGCAUGGUCAUCGCACCACAUCCAAUAAGAUGCAAACUUGAAGUCGAUGGACAAAUCGUACAACAAGUGAGCGAGUUCCGAUAUCUUGGUAUAAACAUAUCCAGCAGUGGAGGAGUGGAAAAAGAAGUAGCAGAGCAAGUUGAAAAGGGCCUGAGAAUAGCAGGAUGCCUAAGGAACACGAUUUGGGACAACAAACAUCUAAGAACAGAGACGAAAGUUUCCAUCUACAAGGCAGUAGUCAGGCCCAUAUUUACAUACUCGGCAGAAACGCGUGCAGAGACGACAACCACACAGAGAUUGCUCACCACCGCGGAAAUGAGGACACUAAGAAACAUAGAUGGCAAAACACUGCUCGACCGGAUAAAGAACGAAGACAUCAGAAGAGCGUGCAACAACAUAGAAGACAUAACACAAUGGUGCAAAAGACGCAAAAUCGAGUGGAACGAACACAUAGAACGGAUGGACGAAACCAGAAUAGUCCGAAUAGCCAGGGACAAAUCGCCAAGGGAAAGCGAUCCCUGGGAAGACCCCGAAAGAGAUGGAGCGACCACCUAA